AUGGAUCCUAGUACCGACCCGAAAGAACCAGUUCCUAUGGAUCCCAGCACCGACCCGAAAGAACCAGUUCCUAUGGAUCCUAGUACCGACCCGAAAGAACCAGUUCCCAUGGAUCCCAGCACCGACCCGAAAGAACCAGUUCCUAUGGAUCCCAGCACCGACCCGAAAGAACCAGUUCCUAUGGAUCCUAGUACCGACCCAAAAGAACCAGUUCCCAUGGAUCCCAGCACUGAUCCUAAAGAACCAGUCCCCAUGGAUCCCAGCACUGAUCCUAAAGAACCAGUUCCCAUGGAUCCCAGCACUGAUCCUAAAGAACCAAUUCCUAUGGAUCCUAGUACCGACCCGAAAGAACCAGUUCCCAUGGAUCCUAGCACUGAUCCUAAAGAGCCAGUUCCUAUGGAUCCCAACACUGAUCCUAAAGAACCAGCUCCCAUGGAUCCCAGCACUGAUCCUAAAGAACCAGUUCCUAUGGAUCCUAGCACCAACCCUAAAGAACCAGUUGAUCCAGUCAGCCCUACUCCUCAAGACCCGAGCGUUCCUACCAAUCCAACCCCCGAUAGCCCAAUGGGCCCUACCAACCCGACGAAUCCUGAUAGCCCAAUGGGACCGACCAAUCCAACGAAUCCCGAUAGUCCAAUGGGCCCUACCAAUCCGAUUCCCGAAGGUCCAAUGGGACCUACUGAUCCAAUCCCUGACGGUCCAAUGGGCCCUACCAAUCCGAUACCUGAUGGCCCAAUGGGACCUACCAAUCCGAUUCCCGAAGGUCCAAUGGGUCCUACCAAUCCGAUUCCCGAAGGUCCAAUGGGUCCUACUGAUCCAAUCCCUGACGGUCCAAUGGGCCCUACCAAUCCGAUUCCCGACGGUCCAAUGGGCCCUACCAAUCCGAUACCUGAUGGCCCAAUGGGACCUACCAAUCCGAUUCCCGAAGGUCCAAUGGGACCUACUGAUCCAAUCCCUGACGGUCCAAUGGGCCCUACCAAUCCGAUUCCUGACGGUCCAAUGGGCCCUACCAAUCCGAUACCUGAUGGCCCAAUGGGACCUACCAAUCCGAUUCCCGAAGGUCCAAUGGGUCCUACCAAUCCGAUUCCCGAAGGUCCAAUGGGUCCUACUGAUCCAAUCCCUGACGGUCCAAUGGGCCCUACCAAUCCGAUUCCCGACGGUCCAAUGGGUCCUACCAAUCCAAUCCCUGAUGGUCCAAUGGGCCCUACCAAUCUGACUCCUGAAGGUCCGACGAAGCCCAUCGAUCCCAGUCCACAGGACUCUCCUGUUGACCCCACCUCGCAUACCCCUGGUUCAAAGAUCGCUGUCAUACCCGAUGAACCAAGUUCCCCACAAGGCCUGGAUACUCCGGCUGGCCCUGAUUCAAGAGGCGUUCUCAAUCCCGAUACCAUGAUCGACCCCAAAUAG